AUGGCCACCACCACGGGACAGAAUCCGGCUUUUGUACUGAAAGCAAUUGGGGAUGCAGAUUUUGAAGAGAGACCAGUCCCCAAGCUGAGGGAUGCUUGGGAUGUUCGAGUUCAUAUUGCCCAGACCGGGAUAUGCGGGUCGGAUUUGCAUUACUAUGACAACGGCAGAAUCGGAGAUUUUGUCCUGACUACGCCCAUCAUUUUGGGACACGAAAGCUCAGGAACUGUUGUAGAAGUGGGCUCUGCGGUCAAAAACCUCAAAAUUGGAACCCGUGUCGCCAUCGAACCUGGUGUACCGUGUCGACACUGUGAUUACUGCCGCUCUGGUUCCUACAAUCUGUGCCCCGACACAGUCUUUGCUGCUACCCCACCAUGGGAUGGUACUCUCGCUAAAUACUACAUCGUCGCGGCAGACUAUUGCAUUCCUCUUCCAGAUCAUAUGGAUAUGGAGCAAGGAGCUCUGGUCGAACCAGUAGCUUGUGCCGUUCAAAUGACAAAAGUAGGCAAUGUGCGAGCCAACCAAACUAUUGUUGUCUUCGGCUGUGGUCCCAUUGGCGUCCUCUGUCAAAAGGUCUCGAAAGUUUACGGCGCCAAAAAAGUGAUUGGAGUGGAUAUCAGCCAGGGAAGACUGGAUUUCGCGAAAAGCUAUGGCGCCGAUGGGGUUUUCUUGCCUCCCCAGAAGCCAGCAACUGUUAAGACUGACAAUGAGUGGAACGAACAGUUGGCAAAAAUGAUCAAGGAGAAAUUCGACCUCGGAGACGGUCCGGAUGUUGUGAUUGAGGCUACGGGCGCUGCAAGCUGCAUUGCAACUGGAGUUCACUUGACAAAGAAAGGGGGCACGUAUGUGCAAGCAGGUAUGGGCAAAGAGGUUGUAGAAUUUCCGAUCACCGUCGCGUGCAUUCGUGAUCUGACUAUUCGUGGCUCGAUUCGCUACACGACGGGCUGCUAUCCAACUGCCGUUGAUCUGGUCGCUAGUGGUAAAAUCGACGUGAGACCACUAGUCACAAACAGAUUCAAGUUUGAGGACACAAAGGAUGCUUUUCAGUUGGUGCGGGAAAGGCACGAGAACGUCAUUAAAGUUCUAAUCCAGGGAGUUGUCUAG